GCAUUCUGGCAGAGGCGGAGGGUAUAAAUCCCGAGGGGGAGAGACAGGACUCUCACAGACAGACCUGUCACAGCUCGUCUCUGCGCCCGCUGCCGCCGCCUCACAGGGUUCAAACGCCUUGCAGAAGCUCACCAGACCUCACUGGACCUUUCCGAACCGCACUGAACCUCACCACAAUGGAGGCAGCCAUCAACACCCUGGUCAACCAGUUCAAGACCUUCGCUGGCAAUGAUGGCAGCGCCGACACCCUGAGCAAGGAGGAGCUCCGCAGCCUGGUGUCCUCCCAGCUGCCCAACUUCGUGAAGAACUCCAGCGACCCGGCGGUCAUCGACCAGCUCAUGAGCUCACUGGACCAGAACAACGACGGGGAGCUGACCUUCAUCGAGUUCUGGCAGCUGAUUGGCCGGCUGGCCAGCAAGCACGGCGGCUUCAGCCAAUAGGAGCUUUGGGAUGGAUGGAAGGGCGGGCGGGUAGGUGGGAAUGGACUGGCCCCCGACGUGCAACGUUUCUCUCUUAGUCUUCCCCAUUUUUGCUGGGUGCUCCUGCUGCAGUGUUCUUAAUAAACGUGACCUGUUAAACUCUG